GAAAGUUGUCCCCACAGAGUUUAUUUUCAGAGGAAUGGUAAGGCGCUCUAUUUUGCAAGGUGAAGAGCCCAUUGAUUAAAGAACCAAGACUUCACAAAUACACGUCUCAGCGUCUGUGGAUUUCCUUUUUGGACAACCUCUAAGCAUCCUCUGAGGAUGUGCAGUUGCCGUGUCACGCAGGCCCUUGAAUGUGAGGGCAAUCCCAAAGUCUCAUUCACUCCUCUUGCAGUGUUUCAUGUGUCUAGUACCAUGAUUGAUUACUGAAACUCAAUCUGAUCCUCUGUGUGUACACAAGGGUGCAUCUUUGAAAAAAAAAGAAAAAAAAAAAGGUUAUUUGUACACUCUACGCAGUGCUUCGUAGCUCUCGGUGACCAUUACUUGGGGAGGAAGGAUGCAUCAACUUUCAGAGACAGACUUGAUUUACCAGGAAGCACAUCCGCAUGGUCCACACUAUAACCACGAGCACUCCGUCAUUAGCACUACAUCACACACAUCAGUCACAGCAAAGACUGCCACGGAUCGGAUCAGCCUACUCCCUUGUCUCUAUGUGCCACUGCAUAAUAAGGCCUGCAACUUAUCAGCUGCAUGUAGCUUCAUGCUGUGUUCCACUUUUUCUCACAGUCCCUCCACAUCUUCACCGACCGGUAGACCAAAAAUUGUACCAGAGCGUGUGUGUGUAAAUGAAACCUUCAUUACCACUGCUGCUUGCACUACUGUGACAAUGCAUCCUGUGUUCAGAAAGGUGUGAUUUUUGAGGAGAAAUAUCUUCAUGUACAUGUUGGAGGAUCCGUUUACAUCUACUCAGAAGUGCUUUGGAAAACUUUAUCUUCAUCCUGGUAAGCCUGAGCUGGAGUUUGCGAUACAUGUGCUUUUUCCAGUGAAGCCCACAGGAAUUGCCAAGAGUGUGGCAGCAUUUGACUUCUCAAAGACAGCUCUAGACUUCCCUGUCCCAGAGGCCCUGCUGGCCCACUCUCCUCAGCAACUGAGCCCAAGAUCUUUCUCCUUAAUUUAAAAAAGGAUCCAUUAUAGAGGGGAAAUAUACCCAGCAUAUGGUUUCUUCAGUCAAUCCAAGGAAAGGGGCCCCAGUAUCUUUCCUUCUGUACAGGUUACACCUUUUUACUGAGCUUGGGAUUCGCUGUGCUUCUUCAAAGGAACCUUCUGACAAUACUUGUUAAUACCUGAAACAAAUAUUACCAUCAGUCCUGUAUUUCAGGGAUUUCAUUUUGGUGAGGAGCAUUUAAAUGCUGUGAAUAUAUUUAUUUCCCAGACCAAGGAGACAGCCUGGUAUAAAAUGGUGGAUCAGAGGAGCACUGCAGAGCUGAUUAUUGGCUCGUUGGGAAUUGUGGGUAAUUUACUGGUCUGCAUCUCCAUCAUCAGGGCGAAAUUCAUGCACAACAUCACCAACUACAUCUUGCUCAGCUUGGCCAUCGCUGACUUCAUUGUGUGUCUCAAUAUUGUGAUCUUCAACGAGUGCACCCUUGACGUCUGGGCUGCGGACUUUCGCCCGUCCAGCGAUCUGGUCGGCGAGAUCCUCUGCCAGCUAUUCGACGACAAGAUCCUGGUCUGGUGGAGCAGCAAGACAUCCGUCAUGCAUCUAGCAUUGGUGGCAGUGGAGCGGUACGUGGCCAUCGUGCAGCCGCUGCGGUACAAGCAGUACUUCACUGUGCGCCGUCUCCUCCUGCUGUUUGCCGGACUGUGGGUGUUGUCACUCCUGUGGCAGCUGCCCUACAUGCUUAUCCCAGACUACAACCCCGACACCUCCAAGUGCGACAAGCCCGGGACGUCCACCUUCAGUCAUGUCUUCUUUGUCUUCACCAACUUCCUCUUCAUCAUCAUUCCUUCCCUGUGCACCCUCUGGUGCUACUGGCGGAUCCAUCGGUGCCUGCGGGCCAGCGCGCACAGCUUCCUCCGCGACAACAACAGGGGGCCCGCUUAUGAGCUGCUGCAUGCUUGCCGGAAAGUGGUGCAGACGCUUUUCAUCGUCUACGUGGCUUUCAUCAUCCUGUGGUUCCCCAAUCUCAUCCUGGGCAUCAUCUACAGUGUGACGACGCUCUCCAUUACACCGAAACUCAGCGACGCCUUCAAACUCAUGGCGUUCUCUAAUUCAGUUGUCAAUCCUUUCAUUUAUGGCUUCAAGUAUCGGCAGCUUCGAAAAGCUUUCAAAUUGGCAGUGAUGCCCUGUUGCUCUAAAACUGGUGUGGACCCACACAGUAGAUCUGUUCACCAUGAACUCAGCAUUUUGCAUUUACCACAGGGUUCAGCAAAUAGUCCAUCUUGAACAAAACAUGCAUGCAGUCAAACAAGUGUGCAUUUGAUUUAGAAAUCACAUUAGAAAGCUUACAGUUUUGGUAUGGUAAAUCCCACAAAACAGUAGCCUUAAAAUUGGUCUGGAGUAUGUGACUGAGCUUUGUAAUUUAACAAAACUGACAUUAUAUUCAGUCUGUUUUUGUCCAACAAUGGCAUAAUUUGCACCAAAUCAUUGCCAUGAAAAUACCCC